GGAUGAGAACGCAUAUGUAGAGAAGAGUGGAUCAACAGGAAACGAGAUGGAAGAUGGAACUGCUAGCAUUAAAUCAAAACAGAAGGUUGUUUUAAUUGAAGAUGAUGAUUUCGUGUCACCUACCCAAGUUGAAAACAAAGAUGAAAGGAGGGUCACUGAAAAGGGUAAGGAAGUUGAUUGCCAAGAAACACCGACAGCUAAUCGGACAAGUGGUCAUAUUGAAUGGAAUGACCAACUUAAUAGGAAUCUGAAUGACCAGUUUUCGGCUAAUGUUAACAACAAAAGGAGGAGUAUCUGCAUCAAACAAGAGAAGGAAUAGGGGUGAAGAUUGACCAACAGGCUCAGAU